AGGUUUCAGUCAUAAACUGUGUGGUUGAGCAGCACGUCGUCAUCCUACUGUGCCGCUCCGUGGUACGAAUAUUGUUUCAAUGGUCACGGCUGACAUCCCGGCGCAAGGGACUUCCGAAUCUCUCAAUUCACGUCUGUAGUGGCUGUGUUACAGGAAUAACAGGGGUUGUUUCUAUUUUGUUUUGAAAUGCACUCUAUAUUUUGAGUUGGUGAUAAGAAGUGGAUUGGGAAACUGUGUUACUGUGCGCCUAUGGAUAUAGAAGUCGCUUUCAACAUCAGACCACUAAGACCAUCCGGGCUAUGACCUUUUCUUUGGAAGUGAAAUCAGACGGAGCCGUCAAGCCACUGAACCCCAUCAUUUGCUCUCUGUGUUAUUUCUACUGCACGUAGCAUAUAUCGUUUUUUCGUUUAUAUUCUUACUGCAAUUCUAUCAUGGAAGAGGACAACGUGUUAUCCGAUUUUAAGGACAUUGAGAAAAAGUUGGGUCGCAAUGUUCCUGAAAGUCUCAUUCGUUCCCUAGCGGGAGGACAUCAUCAUCACGACAAACAUGAGGAGAGAAAACCGGCGACACCGAAGAACCGCUCAAACUCUGCUGACUUAAAACGACUGGAGAGCAAGAUAUUAUUUUUGAAACAGGAAAUGGCCCACCUCCGUGCCAUCGAUGUCAAGCUGAUGCAGCAGCUGAUGUCAAUCAACGAGGGCAUCGAAUCCAUCAAAUGGGUGAUGGAGGACAAGGGGGGCCUAGCCAGUCGUGAAAGCAGCCUGACUGGCAGCCUGUACAGCUUAACGGACAGCGAGGACGACACCUCUCCACGCGGCAGCUUCACCAGUCUGCAGGACGGAAACAGUGACGGAUUGGACGGGAUAUCCGUGGGCAGCUAUCUGGAUACGUUGGAGGAGUUAGCCGAGGACCUUCCAGACCACCCUUCUCCAACGGAUCUUAAUCUCUUCUCAGAUAUACCCAUGAUAGAGGACAAGACUUUCAGCAAGCCACCCAUGCAAGUCAGAGUGGAUUCCGAUGAGUACUAUUGCUUUGGAUAGUGCUAUCAAUAGUGCCAUCAAGCGUUAUCAACGAGUUGGCAUGGUAAUAGUUCAUUACAAAUGUUUCAUAUGAUGUCUGGUUCAUUGAGCUCGUUGUGGGAAAUAUAGCACAUGGAUGUUUCCCUUGAUGAUCUGUUAUUUUCCUGCUGCUAAGUAUUCUAUAGUGACAUUUAAGUUGACCUUUAUUUAAUAGGCAAGUCAGUUAAGAACAAAUUCUUAUUUACAAUGACGGCCUACCGGGGAACAGUGAUUGUUCAGGAACUGCCUUGUUCAGGAAUUUGUUCAACGCUCUAACCACUAGGCUACCUGCCGCCCCUUGUAAACCCAUUUAAGUGGGUUUACAAGGGGCAACUACUCAGUUGUGCUAUUUUGUAUCAUAAAACCAAAUUCUUUUUUUGUCUUUUGAUGCAUUUCCACCUCACUAAACCUUAGCCACUUGUCGCCAGUUCGGAAGAGCUUUAAACAUCAUUGAGAAUUCAACAAAGGUGCAAUUUAUCUGCCCCCAACAAUAUGAACUACAACCACGAUCAACAGGUCUGGAACAAACAUUUUUUUAAAAUAAAGUAAUGCACUCUCAUCCUCAUCAUCUUUGGUGUUGCGUUCGAGUGCUCUUACCAAGACCCUCCCCUUGAAUCCUCCAGAAGCGUUGAGGCGACUCUGACGGGGUAUCUUACUUACAAAUCUAACCUUUAAGAAGUAUUUUGUUGUUAGUUUUGUUGUUAGAACAGCACGACUGAAUUGGCAAAAAUGUGAUGUGUUUUUCACUAAAUGUUCAUUCAGUGCACUCUGACUGUACUCCAAAGAGUCUUGAUACCUCAGUCUCUUCUUUUCUUUUUCACUUAGAUACCAUGUCUUUGGUUAGCCGCUCAUCCAUCUGAACUAAGUUAAUGUAGUAGAUAAGGAAUUUGUGGUCAUUUGGAGCAUUAGCGGGUCUGUGCGAGACAUCGACUGGACUGGUUUCGUGCGGCAGAAAUACUGUUUUCUCUCAAAUAGAGGCUGUAUCAUUCAAGUGCAAUUUGUGAACAUGCCAAAUCGCUGUAUUUUAGCUCAUGUACCUAAUAUGGAAGCUAGUAAAAUGAAAAUUAAACAUACAUUUUUACAGUUAUAUGCUUACAUAUUUAACAUUGGACAGAUACAUUGUUCCUGCUGGCUUUUUUAUUUAGACAGAUGGCAGUCGAAUUGCCAUGCCAACAAGGUCAUUAUUUUACUCUUUUUGUUUUGUUUUACCACAAGAGAUGAAUUGCAAACCAUUUACAAAGUGGAAUUCUUGACAUUCUCAACACUCAGUUAAUUUAAUUACGAGAUAGUAUUUGUCGAUCACAAUUUAUAACUUACUGUUGAACCAGUCAACUAGUUAAUGACUGGUAACUAACAAAAUUCAAGUACAAAAGUAAUGCCAUUUAUUUCUGUACAAAGAUGAUAUAGCUUGAAGCUCCACUUUCUGUGUCGAUUCACAUUACCUGUGAGUAUUGUUUCAUGUUGCUUACUUUUUAACGCUGUAAUUUAUUGUUUUUAUUGGUGUUGUUGAAAGGUUUGUUGGGUAAAAUAAAUAAUAUAUUGUGAUGGUC